AUGUUUGGGGAAGAAGAGGAUUUGAGCGAGUUUGAAGGCUUCGCCAACGAGUGGAAGAGUGGCAACUUUCACUCGCGGGAAAAAAUUCCAUUCAAUCGCCAACCUGGCAUAAAGAUCGAGCUGCCAAUGCCAGAUGUUAUAACACCGGUGCAGGUAUUCUCCCAUAUCUUCACGGAAGAAAUGUGGAUGCGUCUUAUAACGCAAACCAACCUCUAUGCUGAGCAAACGCGGAGUGCAACGCCUUCGAACAGCAAGUGGGAUCCCGUCACGAUCCAUGAAAUGAAGACGUUCGUGGGACUGUGUCUGGCCAUGGGGAUACUUGAACUGCCAUCACGAAGAGACUUUUGGCGUCAAAAGAAGUGGCUAUUCAGAACAUCCAUUCCCCAAGCCAUGUCAAGGGACAGGUUUGCCAUCAUCUGGAGGUAUCUCCACUUGCAAGACAACAAGGCCCAUGAUGUGGACCGCUCGGACAAGCUCUGGAAAGUCAGAUGGUUCCUUGACUACCUGAAAGAUCGAUUCCAGGAACUAUAUGAAGUCAAUGGCUUUGUGAGUGUGGACGAGAGUAUGGUGAAAUUCAAGGGGAGACUCUCUUUCCGGCAAUAUCUCCCUCUCAAACCUACUAAGUGGGGCAUCAAGGUGUGGGUCAUGGCUGAGAGCUCCACCGGGUAUGUGUCAAACUUCCAGGUCUACACUGGACAGUUAAAAGAUCAUGGCCUGGAUGCCUGUGGGACCAUUCGGUCCAACAGGAAAGGAAUCCCCAAAAAGCUGGCUGCCAUGGCCAAGCAUAAGUACACGGUAUCCCAGAAGGAUGAGCUGACCUUCUGUGCCUGGCAGGACACGAAGACCGUCCUGGUCCUGUCAAACUUCCAUGCUCCAACGGCAACAGGGACAGUCAAAAGAAGACAUGGAGGAACCAUCCAGACUGAGGUCACAGUGCCAGCAUGCCUCGCCGACUAUCAGAGGCACAUGAAGGGGGUCGAUCUGUUGGACCAGAUGGUGGGCUACUAUCAAAUCCAGCAUCGGUCCAAGAAAUGGUGGCGGAGGCUUUUUUUUUAUUUCCUGAUGGUCAGCUGCUACAACUCUUACAUCAUUGCAAGGAGUGCUGGAGCUAACUGCAGUGGCUUCAAAGAUUGGCUGGAGGACCUUGCACAGGAGCUUGUCACCCCUGUGACAGCAAGGAGUGCUCCUCAGUGUGCCACAGCACCUGUGGCAGCCUCAGCCCAGCACGACUGUGAGAAAAUCUACGAGAAAAUAAAGAUCUGUAGGGAAUGCUCACAGUCGAAGAAUGGCACUGAGGCCCGUCCUGGUGCCACAGUCUAUGGAUGCAGGCAGUGUAAUGUGCCCCUGCACAUUGAGUGCUUUGGCAAACAUGUCCGCCGCACUUGA